AUGUUUUUUAGCCUGAGAGAAAUAUUGAGCUUUUUGGGAAUAUCAGUGUUUGAAAUUUGGCUAAAUGUCUUAUCUUUGACAAUUUUUACAAUUUUAUUGGCUUUCAAAUUGGACGGAUUAGUUUACUUUAAAGAACUCAAUUGGUGGUCAAUUUUCCUUCCAUUAUUUAUCGCAGAUGGAUUGAACUGUUAUUUUUGCAUAAUUGUCUUCAUUCGAAUGUAUCUAUGUGGUCAAAUUAAAAACGGAUUACUUUGUACAACUUGGAGUUUAAGCGUGCUUACAUUGAUUUUUGUGUUUAAGUUUUUACUGUGUCGUAAAUUAUCAGGUCAAAGUACUUUGGAAUAUUCAGAAGUUGUUAGUCCUAUUUUUAUAUUACUUCAAUUGUUUGUCGCAAGAGCUUGUCAAAUGCAUUGA